CAUUAUGUCUAACAGCUUCAUUCUUUGCGAUUUAUUGUUAACAUGCUGUAGUAGCGCCACCUAGCGUCAGCCUUGCACGGAUUUUUAGAGGGUAUUCUUUUUUUUGUUUUUUUUUGUACCCCCUCUACUAAACCAACACUCCUGAACGGUCCGGUCGGCGCUCUCGAGUCAUUAUGCGUUCCGUGCUCAAGCCUUCGCACGUCUCCUGGACUUUAGAAUUUGAACCGUUAUAAGAACAUCGUAGGCGCCCACGCUAGAAGCAUGCCUAAGAGGAAACAUAAAACUGAAGACGAAAUUCGUCGCAAGAUUCUUAAGUUACAAGAAAAACUGGCAAGAAGGACUAACGAACAGGAAGAUUACUGUUCGUCCGAAGAAAAUUUUAACGAUGUACCCUAUUCGGAAACACCUUACACGGAGUUGUUACCGUAUUAUUGCGAACCUGGAUGGGACGCAUCCGAGGCACAAUCGCCACAGCCGACAGCGCCCUGCCUGUCGGCGGCGCACUCAGCUACGCGACAGCCGUCGCCGCGUUCCGCCGUGGUGGACAACCAGCUGCAGCCUGACUUGCCGCCGCAACCUGUGUCACCGUUACCGCCGCAACCUGUCUCACCUUACUAG